GAAGUUACAGAGGUAACAUUUUUAGCAGUUUUUCUCCUAAAAUUUGGAAACUAAAACUUUUCGGAUAUUUCACUUUAAAAACUAAAUAAACUAACAAACAUUCAAAAUGUUCGCAAAGCAUGUUAUUAAAUCUUUGUCACCAGCAAUUACACAUGUGCAACGUCGUGGAAUCAACGUCGUUUCAGGACCUCCACAAGUUCGUGUGUCGUUUGCUGAAAAAGCGGUUCUGUGUCUUGUGAUGGCUGCUGGUUGGACUGCGAUUCCAGUGUGGGUAUUGGGUCACAUUAAGGAAUACAAAGGACAAGCAUAAACAAGCUGCAAGUGAUGGUCCCACUAAUUAGCAGUCAAUAGAGUCGUCAGCUUUCCUCAAAAAUAAUUUAAAUGUAAAUGAAAUGAAAUAAAAUCUGAAAACAUUAAAAAAAAACAAAACUUUUUUCUUGUACACACGA